AUUACAUGAAGGGGAAGGGGGGGUGGUACAUUUUUACCAUGUACAUUCUAUAUACAUCAGCCCAUAUCCCAAGUGUAGUGAAAACCACAGAAAUCUCGGAUUUGGCAUGGUCACAUGGAGCUUGGUGUUACGGGUUAAGGUGGCAUACUAUGGAUAGCAGGCACAAGCAGCUCCAUGAGAAGGCCAAUGAUCGCUACCUACGGCAACAGUACCGCGAGGCGGCGGAGUUGUUCACCCAGGCAUUGGAGUUCAUCAAUCCCUCGGUCUCCAAUCAGCACAGGGAGCUCCAGCUGUCCUACAUCAACAAGCGCUCCGUCUGCUAUCUCAAAUUGGAGCAAUAUGAGAACACGCUGGAAGACUGCAACCAGCUCUUGUCCAUGUCGCCACGAAACCGUAGUGGCAUGGCCAAGGCCCUCACAAGGAAGACACAAGCCCUUUCCCGACUGGGUCGGAUCAAGGAGGCAUAUGAGACAGCCAAAGCCUGGACCAGCGUAGAGCCAAAGAAUCCGCAAGCAUCCAAAGAAAUGAACAGAUUAAAGAAAGCUUUGCAGCAGAUGGGGGAAACAGUUGACAGGGGUGUAAAUAAUGUAGGAAACACAGCACCAAGCACACUCUCACACGUCGCCAAUCGACACCCUCCCGGAGGAAGUAGAACAGCCCAAAGUAGUGCCAGCAACACAGGAUCUGGGGCAGCACCAUCACAAACAAGGGAGAGGAAUGCAAGCGGGGAGGGGAAACAGAAAACAAGGUCAUCCAAAUCAGGAGAGUCUAAACUAUAUUGUACAUAUUGUGACGUCCAGUGUGCUACGGAUGUGGACCUGCAUCUGCAUUGCAUGGGGCAGGCCCACCAAGCCAUCAUUAUGUCUGAUGAUGGGCGGGACUGGAAGUACAGACCGCCCCCACGGGGAAUAACGGGUGUGGAUUACAUCAUAUGCCCUGAUCGCCACAAGUGCCGUUUUGGGGAGCAGUGCACAUCAGCGCACUCGGAGGACGAGCUGGGAGAGUGGCGGGAAAGAUACAGGUAUCGCGAGAUGAAGCUGAAAAGGGCUCGGGAGAAACAGCUCCACGGCAACAGCUAUGCAGAGCAGCUACUGGAGAAGUGGAUGACAUCACCCAUGCCUCUGAAUGUGGUGUCCGAGGCAGUUGAGGACGUGAAAGUGACGGUCAACUCUGACUUGAACGUGUCUGUCACUUCCAAGUCUUCAGUCCACUCAUGGAUAUUCACCUUGCAUUCGAAGCCCUCCAAGAACCUUCACCGAGUCGCCCUCCUCUACGACAUCCACCGCCCCCAUUUCUACAUAGCCAGUAUAUCCAUCGGGGAUGCCAAGCGCCAGCUGCCCCAGGAGCUGACAGAGAAUUGUCAGGAGUGGACCAAUCCAAACAGCAACAACAAUCUCCUGGGCAAAUCCAAGGAACGCCUGUACCGCAUCAAGCUCCAGUUCACCUCCCAGAUAUUCGGCACAUUCCGCCAGUCCAUCGUCUUUGACUUUGGCUGUGAGCCAGCACUGAUGCGGCGAGUCUCGGUGGAUGCCGUCUCACCAGCAAGCCAGAAGGAGCUAGAUGAGGUGCGAGCUACCAUGCGCUGCGUCAGUGAGCGCUGGGAUGCCAGUAACAAGACCAUCCAGGAAUUUGAGCCCAAGAUGCCCCUAGCCAUGGAGGAGGACCAGGGCUUGCUCAGCUUCUAUGUGCCACCUCGAUCCACGGAGGAGCUGUUUCAGAAUUCAGUGCUGGACAAGACCCUGACCAAGAAUAACUACCAGGACAAAAUGCAUAAGCUGCUGUACAUCGAAGAGAUGGCUCGCUUCAAGGAUCUCAGCAAAUUCAAUAUCCGCACCACCCUCCAGCUUAGCUCAAGUUUUCACCUUGUCCCCUCCCGCAAUGUCGGUGCCCGCUACUCUGUUGACGGACAACUCUUUGCCCUCCUUCGCCUGAACGACGAGCUGUCAGAGGACACCAAAGGAGGCAAGCUCGUCUUAAACAGCUGCAGCUCAGUGCUGAUGGCACCACAACACAGCCCCAAAAGUCAGGGUGCCAAGAAGGGUCAACAGGAAGAAGGGAAAGCCACUGGGACCACCUUCAAUGGCCCUUCCUCUGCCCCCUCAGACACCCCCAAAACAGUGUACGAGUGUAUCAUCACCGAAAAGGGCAAGGGGGAGAUCUAUCUGACAUUGUCAAAGGCAUGCGUGGAUGCGCUGCAUCUUAAGACAAGCAUGGAAUUGAAGGUUGAGCUGCAGUUCCAACUCAAUAGGUUACCUCUUUGCGAAAUGCACUAUGCUGUGGAUAAACAGCAAGAUAUGAACCUGCUAUUUCCUAAUGUAAGGAAUUUGCCCAGCAUUCCAUGGACACCAAGCAAGCAAUGGGACCAAAACAUGGAUCCGCGGCUGAAUGCCAAGCAGCGAGAGGCCAUCAUUGCCAUGACAACCCCUCUAAAUGUCCAUUUGCCACCCAUCUUUUUGGUGGGGCCAUAUGGCACGGGGAAGACGUUCACGUUGGCCCAUGCUACUAAGCUGAUCCUGCAACAGCCCAAAACGAGAAUACUCAUCUGCACACACUCUAACAGUGCAGCAGACCUGUACAUCAAAGACUACCUGCAUUCCUACGUUGAAGCAGGCUUCACAGCUGCUCGGCCUCUCCGCAUCUACUUCAAAGACCGUUGGGUGCAGACAGUCCACCAAUUGGUGCGGCUGUACUGUGUCAUGACAGAGACCCUGGACAAGUUUGCCAUGCCUUCCAAGGAGGAGGUAACCAAGGCCAGAGUUGUCGUGGCUACCCUCAGCACAUCUCGGUUUCUCAGUCAUCUUGACCUGGGACAAGGCUUCUUCACACACAUUCUGAUUGAUGAGGCUGCCCAGGCCAUGGAAUGUGAGACCAUCAUGCCACUGGCAUUAGCCAAUCAAAAUACCCGCAUCGUACUCGCUGGUGACUACAUGCAAAUCAGCCCUGAGGUCCACUCAAACUUUGCCCGGGACCGCAACCUCCACAUCUCCCUCCUGGAGCGCCUCUACGACUUGUACCCAGCACAGCACCCUUGUAAGAUCCUGCUGUGUGAAAACUACCGCUCCCAUGAGGCUAUUGUCCGGUACACCUCCAAGCUGUUCUACGAGAACAAACUACUUGCCAGUGGCAAGCAGGUGGGCCACAAGGUCUGGUACCCGAUGACUUUCUUCACCACUCGGGGUGAGGAUGUGCAAGAGAAAAACAGCACCUCCUUCUACAACAAUGCUGAGGUGUUUGAGAUCGCAGAGAGAGUCGCUGAGCUGCAAAAGUCCUGGCCUGUCGAGGACUGGGGAGACUUAGAUGAGACGAGCAUCGGGGUCGUCAGCCACUAUGCCGACCAGGUGUUCCGUAUCAGGUCUGAGUUACGCAAGCGGCGACUGCACAGUGUGUCAGUUGAGAGGGUCAUGAACGUGCAAGGUAAACAGUUCCGAGUCCUGUUUAUCAGCACCGUCCGCACCCAUAACACCUGCAAGUCUACUACCAAGACCCGAUCCCCAAAGUCCAAGAAAGGGAACAGGGGGGAGGCAGGGCUGGAGGAGGACGAUGUAGACUACGGAUUCCUGUCCAGUGACAAAUUACUCAACACAGCCAUCACCAGGGCCCAGUCAUUGGUAGCAGUUGUUGGGGAUCCUGUGUCACUGUGCUCAAUUGGCAAGUGCAGCAUUCUGUGGGAGAACUUCAUUAAAGUUGCUCAUGAGAACAAGAGUCUGUUUGGCAUCACCUACGACGAGAUACGAGCCCUGCUUUCAGGUGUCGAGAUGAAGAAAACCUACAUCUUGAACCCGCUUGCUAAGGAGUUCAUUCCCCAGGCAUUGAGAAAUCAGGUCACAGGUGCCCCCAUGAUCCAAGGAGCUGGCCUUCAUGGAGUGGGGAUGAUGGGCCAUGGGUUGCCUAGAGGAAUGCUGUCUCCAGGAGGCCAGACCCCAACGUCCUUGACUGCUGCCCAGGCAGCGAGCAUGAACGCAUCCUUACGUGCCAUAGCUGGGAUGCCCUACGGGCAUGCUGGAAUGGUGCGUCCAGGGAGUCCCAUCCCAACCUUUGACCCUAUCACUGGUCAGCGGAUGUAUGUGAUGCCAAUGCCUUAUGUCAUGCCCAUGCCCCCACUAAGAAUGCUGACGGCUGGUCCGCAGUUCUACGCUCAGGCCCCCUAUGUAGACCCUGCUGGUUUUCCCCUGAUGAUGCCUCCAUACGGGUUCUCACACAUGAUGCGCCACUCACCCACACACCGCGCAGGUGUUUCCUCCCCUCAGCUCUCCCCGAAGCAGCAGUCUGACAAAUCAUCCCAUCCGAACUCACCGAAGGAAGCCAGCAGUGCAAAUGCCCACUGGCAACCUGGCUCACCAUCAAGGGAAAGGGAGAGAAAGACCAGUGGCUCAGAGUCAAGCAGCACCAAGACCAGCUCUGCCAGUGACAGGCAAGAGGUUGUGGCAAAACUGGAAGAGCUAAGAAUCCAUGAGGAGUACAAUUACUAUUUAAGGACAAUGGGACCUGAUUAUGCAAGCAGUUUCCUUUUGAAGCAUUCUCCCAAGCAACAGCAGCAGCAACAGCAGCAGCAGCAACAGCAGCACAACAUACACCACCAGACAGCAGCAGAACAACCAGGGCAACCACCACCACUCUCAGUAGCGGCAGAAGCACUGCAUAGGUUAUCCCAUGGAACUCGACAGCAGGGUCAAUCCUACCACCAGGUCCCAAGUCCACAAAUGCUGCAUCAACAGAGGCUUCAACAAAUGCAACAGCGGCUUGGUGUCUAUCCUGCCCAAAAUGCAAGUGCGUCUAGUGCUCAGCUGCAGACUGCUGUAAAACUGGCUGCUCAACAACAGCAGCUCAUGGAGAACAGCAAUCUCCGCAACAAUGGAAAUGAGCCGUGGUAUGACUCUAAUGGUGCAUUCAAGGGGAAUGCGGCUGGCCAGGAGAUUCUGAACAUGCUCCAUCAAGGAAAAACGAAAGUUAAGUCGAGCCCUCAGGAACCAGACCAAGUGUUUUCAAGAAAUAUUGUUGACCACCUCACAGGUCAACCUCCAUAUGGAGUCAGCAGCAGGAGUCAGCAGGCAUUUCCUGAUACUAACAGUGACAUGGCAUUUGGUAUCACCAAACGCCCGGAGCAACAGAGUGUGACAGGUCAGCCAAUCGAGCUGCGGACAAGGGGUGUCCACAUGCCACGAUCAAUCUACAGCCAGCAAAACAGCCACAGUCCCUCUCCCAGUGGAGCCCAUCACCAGCAAUCCUUGAGUCCUAACUCCAACCACAUGCCCAACAGCAUGGACCGCUCAAGGCACUCUUCUGGUCACCAGAAUGCAGGUUUCUUCUCAGGUGAAUCAAACUUCCCUAGACUGGGCUCGCAGACAGAGUUCUACCGGCAGAGCUCCCAGGAGGACCAGCACGCCUUCCCAAGCUUCGUGGAGGACCUGGACAAGGAGGAGCCUGAAUUAUGGGUAAGAUCCAAUUCAGUUGUCAGUAAUAGCCGCGGGUACCUGAAUCAGACUGCUGACUACUCGCAGGCCGAGUCACAGCAGCUUGUCUCUGCCUUACCUCCCCCUCAGCAGGAUGACUGCAUUUCACUUAACCCAAACCCGGGCAGCCGUUUCAGCCCAAUCGGCACAGGGGCCAAUCUUAAAUCUAAGGAAGACAUGCAGCCUCUGUCAUCAUCUAUGUCAUAUGCCAGUGCUCUGCGUGCACCUCCCAAGCCUAAACUCAGCAAAACAGGGUUCCCUCUCGAAGACCGAGGAAAGACAGCUUCUCCUGACCCACUGAUGCUUAUCAAAGACCUGAGCAAUCGGCAGAACAAGGAUGGCUUCUAUUCCUACUUUAAUUAGGCAGGUCAUAAUGUGGUUCAAAAGUUGUAUGGAGAGUGAUCGCCAACCUGUAAACUGGUAAUGAAGUCAUUAGAAACAGUGAAAAACUGCAAAUUCAGCGACACUAUCAAAUUGUUAAAGAAGUUUGACUACAAUUUAUGGAGAGACACACAGAUUGUAACUGAAAAACCAGAAUUGAAUUUUUAACUAUGUACAUCACAUUUGAGCUCACAGCAAUGUUCACAUACCUCACUUUGAAGAAUUAGUACUAGCUUGUUUGGGUGCAGCAAGGUCAUGCACAUUUAGUAAGACCAAUGUAGAUCCAGUCCAUACUUAGAUCAUUGUUGAAAUCCUCUUUCAUACUGUAAGUCAGUUGAUACCACCAAAGCAUUGGUGUGCUCACAGAUUAUCUAUUUUUGACAAGUACAAUCAAUCCAAACUGCAUUUAAGUGUGAGCUUUUCUUAUGCUGACUGUUUUUGCGACUGGAGAUCAUGUGAAAUAUCGUGGCUAUGUGACGCUGCUCUGCAGACCUCCCUUAUAAUGCUCCUUUCCUACUGACAUCAGUAAUUCUUAGGUUGUAAUCAUGAUGAAAUAAGAGUUGGAUAAAGCGAUAUUUCUGUCCAAGCAAGGCAGUUACAGUGUCUUUUAGGGUGUUAAACAGGAGUUGAUGUACCUUCAUUUACAUAAAGCAUAAAUUAUGACCUGCUAGUUUGAGAAAUUCAAGCCAUUUAUUGGCGUAGACCUUAUGCAUAGCGGGCAGCUCAGAUACUGUACAUUGUUGUGUUGAUGUAACAAUGAAUGCACAAUGAAAGUGUACUCAGUCUUAUCCGAGCGAUACAAAAGCAAUAUCCACUAAUUAUACCUUAAUGUCUCAAGCACAAUAUGAGCCAUUUGUCAAACCUUGGGUAGUCUUAGGGUAGUUUACCUUCAAAUUUGAACCCUUACUGUGAUGACUCAGUCUUGUAACGGUUCAUCUAUUCUAGUUCCCUGCUUCUGAAGCACCAAAUUGCAUAAUAUGGAGCCAGACAAGGGUGGCCUUUUUAAUGGUUGGUAGAAACUGUGGAAUCUAAUCAAUCAUACUGAGAUCAGAGGUUAAAAAUUUAGGAAAGCCUGUUGAAAUGGCCUUUAAGUGGUUGUGGAAAGUUGAAAGGAGCAUUGUAAGGGAAAAUAAUUGCGACAACUAGCUGAUAUUGCUUCGGAUCUUGUAGUCACAGCACAGUCUGUUUAGCUCACGGAUAAAGAGACACUUGUGUCUUUUUUUUUUAACUUCAGAAAUAUGUAUAUUUCGGGUCUAAAGGUAAGAGGGAGUAUUUUGGCAUUGAUUGAAGUCCAGAUGUCUGUAAAUUGGGAACGGUCAUGAGGCUUAUGGAGAAAUUUUUUUAUCCCUCUGUAAAUACAGCAGUAGGGUGUUGAGCAUGAAAACAAAGUUGUGGGAUUGUGAGACUGUUUAAUCUGGUUCCAGAAGACAGAUGUAUGAGAUCUGGAUGAUAGACAGAAAACCAAGACAAAUUUUGGAAAUAAACAACAGUUGCAUUUCCUCAUACUGUCCUAGGUAGGUGUGUAAACUGUAAGCUCUUUGCUGUAUGUUGGGAUUUUUCAGCCAAAAUCCUUAUUUGGAUUUCUGGUUUUCUUGACAGGCAUUUGGACCAAAUUCUUAAGAAGUACAUGUAUGUUGACAAAGCCAGACAUGGCUCUCGUUUUUAAAUUAGAGAGGUCUUGCUGUACUUAAUUUUCAAAUUGCUGUGUCACACCUCAUGAAGAAGAAAAUCAGGUAAAGGCAGAUUUGUGUAAUAUUUAGCUUUUAAGGAUAGAAGCUGUGAAAAAUGGAUGAAGAUAGAAUCCAUAAGCACUAUAUUAGAAUAAGAAAUCUGAAGUUUGAACCGGGUUGCGGCUUUAGCAGUCUACCAGUUUUCUACCCAAACACAAGUGGUAUAUGAAAAUGUUUUUGACAUCCAUAGUUGUGGCUUCAGACAAUGUUUGAAAACUCAUAGCUUGCCACAGCAGAUUUUGGCAUUAGUUUCGAGGGAGAGAGCCUUUUUUUGGACUGCAUGUUUGUCACUGAAUCUUCCGGAAGAGUAUUGUUUAGAUUUUCAUUUAGAUUCUUCUUGGAGGAGUUGCUUGUCACUUUUGGGAGGUGGGAUUUUAUUGGCUGAUAUGAAAUCUUGUAUAUAAAUGUAUAUUUACUGGCUUUGGAUUGAUUGGAAUUGCUUUUUUGGUAUGUGUCUACAGCUUGCUAUUUGGCAUUUUCAAAGAGUACACUAUAUACAUGUAGUUAUGCAAUUAUCAGCAGAGUAGAAGGUAAUUUUCUUUUGCGAUACCAUAAAUUUUCUUGAAGAGGGUGAUACCCAUCAAGCACCGGGGAUUUGUUUUAUUUGUUGAACACUUUUUACUAUUCUCUGUGGUACACUGUUGCAUCUUGGAAAGGGGUUUUCGGAUAAGAUUUGAAGUUUGUUGAGGUUUUCAUUUCUACUUGUAUACAAAUGUGAAUACAUUUACAAUUAAAGAAAAUUCAAAUGGAGAAGCUAAAAAAACUCAAGAAGAGCAACCACAAGACGAAAUUGUAUUACUGUCUGCUUACACUGAGAUUUAUAAAAGUUUCUUUUGAAAACAGAAAAUCAAGCAACUGUUGCAAAAAAGAAACAGCCGUUUUAUGUGUUAAACUAUUAUUUUCUGUAAAAUGCAUUUUUCUAUAUUUUAGGGAUUGAAAAGAUGUUGCCUGUGGUUGAGGAGAGGUAAAGAAGUUGGUUUUCUGUGUGAAGGAUGACAGUAUUGUUUUCAGGCCUUUUGUAAAUGAACCCUUUUUUGUUUUUUGAUAGAAUAAAAUUGAAUAUUUUUGUACAUGAGUAUAGACUUUACACAACAUGUUAUUUGAAGAAGGGCUCUGAUACAAAACUGGUAUCCACCACAUUUUGAACAGAUGGUAAAAUCAUUUCAUUUCUUUUGAGAAAGUUCCUUUCAGAUAUUUUUCUUCUCAACCUGAAAAACAGGCAUACUGAUUUCAACUUGUGUUGUAUUUUCAACUCUUAUGUCUGUUUUCCCCAGCAAAAACAUUUGGGAAAGCACAAGUCUUACAUUUCCUUACACUCAACCAAUUGGGAUAAUGCUACCCAAAAUAAGUGAGCCCUGUUCACAAAUCACAAUCUGUAGAAAGAUAAGGUUUACAUGUAGUUGAAUUUUCUGACAGCAGUUUGGGAAGUGUUUGUCAUGUAGCAAAUUUGGGGAAUUAAAUGGGGUGUCAUUUCUGCUUUGGUGGCUUAUGAUCAGACCAACAAAAUUCUAGAUCUACACAACUGUAUAAGUAAUCCUUGUGAGCCAGUUUAUUUCUACACUGGAUUAUCCACGCUUGAACACACACAGAAAGCAGGAGCAAUUGCAUGUAGUUAAAACGUUUUCACCCACCACAACCUUUUGAGAGGUACAUACACAGAGGAGGAAGUGGUAUCACAGCACAAAGGAAGUUAAUUGUAUUGUACUAAUGUACCUCGGGUGAUGGUAUUGGAAUUGAAGAAUGUAAAUAAAUUGACUGUGAUAAACAUUGAAGUGUGGUUGAGCUACGUGUAACUUCACCGAAGCCACACACACCAAAAAAAAGAAAAAAAAAACUCAAAAACAAAAACCUAAAUAAAAAAAUAAGUAAAUAAAAGCAGAACAAGAUAAUAAAAACAAACAAAAAAGGAAAAGGAAUAAGAAAAAAAAAAUUUGAUGGCUGUGCUGGAUUUUGUGGUUUGGGAAUUAUUUUCAUGUCUGCUUGUGGCACUGAAGAGCUUGUUUUCCUCUUUGGUUUGCCCUUUUAAUUCAGUCGGCAAAAUUGUUUCAGUGUACAUGUACAUGUAUUUAUCAAAGGCAGUGGUGUCAAUGGUGUCUGUGACCUUUCGAGCACUGUUUCUGAUUCCUAUCAAAGCUAGCAGGCAAGAAAUAAAAGAAAAUCUAGAGUUUGUGUCUUGACAGGUCUCGGUAACAUUUACUGUCAAAAUCACGCCAAGAUUAUUUUUACAUCUAUCUCUUCUGUCAAAAAAUGGAAGGGAUGUCUGUUUGGGUUGGAAACUUUCCAAAUUUAUUUGUCAUUGGAUUACUUCCAAAACAUUUGCACAUUUAUAUGAUUAGUAAUACAGAAAUGCAAUGGAGUUCUCCACCAGAAAUUUAAAAAGGCGAAAAAAUUCUAUUCACCUGAAUAUCUGUAUGUUUUUUCUUUUGCUCAACAUAUUCAAACUUUACUCCAUUUGUAAAUGUACAGAGACUUGUAAAUAAGAAUGUAAAUAUGUAAUGUUUGUAAAAAAUAUUGUACAUGUAUUUGAAAACAGUAUUAAUUUCAAACUGACUUGAAAAGAAAACAAAAAAGGGUCACUGUUUGUUGUGAUGUGAAAUUAGACAUGCUGAUGAGUGGAAGUUUGUGUCAACUUUCUGUUCAGGAUAUAAUAGACAGUAUUGGUGAUUGCUAGAGUCUGACUCAAAACUUAAUUUGUUCAUGCACCCUCCCCCUAUCACUGUAUGCUUGACCUCCUUAGACAACCCCCACCUUGUGGGUGGCACUUGCCUCUGGUGGGGGACACUUCCAUACAGUACGGGAAGACAUCGCCUCUGUUGCAUCCUUGUUCUUUUUCUGAUAGACACCAGACUAACCCCUCCACCUCUAAAUCCUGCAUGAGUGAAUGACUUUUGUUUAGUUCUGAUACAAGCAAAAAGCAGGAUGAUUACAACCACAUCUGAGUUUAAUAGGCCUACUGGGUGGGUUUGAAUUAGAGUAAAUUGAGUCAGUUAAAAAGAAUUUCAUUCCUUUAAAUGGAAUAGCUUUUGUAUAGCCGUUAGUUUCUUUACCCAAAAGUUUUACUUUUCAUCAUAUAGAUCUCUCCUUUUUCUGCUUUGGGGUUCAGUGACCUUUGAAGGAUAGAUGACUACGUAAGAAAAAUUAGAUUCUCAGGGCUUAACUACUGCAUCAUUUGCCUUUUAUAGAAGACCUUUUGACCCCUGAAGUUUGCCCUCUGACCUGGUUACUUAGCAUUUUUACCCACCAGUAGUAGAACAUUGUCUCCUUGUAGCUUUGUGAUUGAGUGAGUGCAGCAGAAAUAUCCUUUUCUUGAUAUAAAUAAAGAUAUUAUACAAUAUAUCAAUUUAGAUUAAAAAAAAAAGAAAAUAGAAAAAGGGGAAAUGAAGCACAGUCUGUUUUGUAGUUUAGUUCCAAUUCAUCCAGUCUCAAAUAUUCAGAUCGCACAAAAGUGAAUUAUGGGGAGAGACAGAAAAUGAAAAUAAACAGAGGAGAAAAUGUAGCAGUUGUUACAAUCAGUAUUUGAGUGUAUAUACAUGUAUAGAAACGACUCUGUACACCUCAUAGUUUUGAUGUCUAAAGAUAGUAUUCAGUUGUAUGCAAGUCAGUAUCUAUAAACUCUAUAGUGUGUAGUUAACGUGUGCAGCAAAACCAUAAAUUAUUGGAUUGUGUUUGGUGUGGGCUUGCUUUUUGCAAAUUUUUUUUUUAAUCACAAGUGACACUGUGUUAACCAUUUUGGGGGUCCAAAGUGUUUUGCUAUUUUCAAAUCUAAAAAAGGAAAAAAAAAUAUUUUGUGUGCUGUUAACGAGUUAGUAAUAUAUGUACUCAGUUCAGAUGCUUUAUUUUAUGAGCCAUUGUAGAAAAGAUGUAGAAAUGCUUUUAUUAUAUUACACUGUUGCUGGGAGUGCUGUGUCAUAGAUUACUUUUCCAAGGCUCUAGGCCCUAAUGGGGUCUCUACAGGAACUACACAGAAAGAGAAAGCUGUUUAGCCUGCAACAGAGCCCAAGGAAGGGCACAUUGGGUUGGUGUAAAUGAGACAUUCAGUAUUUGACACUGUGCAAGAUAAAUUUUCAGUGGAAUGAGCACAACCCCUAUGUCUCUUUCCAAGAGCCCUGUCUCUUUCCAAAAGCCCUGUAUGUGUAUUUGUAACCUUGGAAUUGUGCACUAGGGAAAUUGACCCCACAUGGCCUCGCGUAAUUCUCAGUUUGCUCAUUUCCACUGCUGAGAUAAAAAUAAAACUGUGCAUGGUACCCACACUUUCCUUUUCGCACUGUGCUCAGACAAUUUAACAAGACCUGUUGAAGUCAUCUUGGGUUAGAAUUACCUCUGACACUGCACAGUGGCGGUUAUCAGCUGCUGCUAACCAGUGUUAUUCCUAGCCCUCUCUGUUUAAGGUUAUUGUCAUCACUUCCAUAUUGAGGUUAACCCUAACCAUCCUCAAUCUUCUAAAAAAUCCUCAGGGGUUUUGGAAGAUUUAGGAAGAUUGUGGCUGUAUGGAAAAAUUGCACUGCUGAUUGCAAAGGACGCACCCCCAUGCAUAAAUUCAUGCCCAGAUUAUGCAUGUAUAUGAAAUUGUCCAUAAUGCUCCCAGAUACCAUUCACACUGCCUCAACAUAGAGGAAUUGCCAGAGGUUUGGGGCAUAUUCAAGAAACAUUGGAGGAUUUUUCCGUGGGAGCAGUUGGAGGAUUUUGAAGGAUCAAAGGUGUAUCCAAGCCAGAAAGGCUUAGGCAGUUAGGGUUAAUGACAGUUGGAAAAAAAUUAGGGGUUAGCUGUUCAACUGAAUUUAAUUUCUUGAGUUAAUCUUAACUUAUUUGGCAUUUUGCCCCAGAGUAGUCCGAAUUCAGUAUUGUAUAUCAAAUCUAUUAAAACAUGGAAAGUCAAGUCUGAUAUACAUGCAUAUUGAAGGAUUUAAUGUACAUGUAAUUAGGUAAAAAAAAAUUGUGAAAAGGUAGCUUUUUGAACUUUUUGUUUUUAAGUACAAAGGUGAUUUUCCAUAAACCUUUUUAUUUUAGUACAUAACUGGAAAAUUAUACACUUCUCACUAUGAAUUUUGCUUUUCUUGUACUUUCUGACAUGCUCGCCCAAAGUCUGUCAAUUGAAAAGUAGCCAACUCUCUUGUGGCAUAUGGUUUUCUUGUUAUUUUCUAAUUUUUGCUCUUUGUCAUGGUAUGCUUGGAAUGCUUUGGUGUGGUGUUCUAAUGUGUGUCAAAUUGGUGGAUUGAUGAGAAGUAUUUUUAUUUUGGUAUUGAUUAAAAAGUUGUAUGCAGCCUAAAUAAACCUAAUAUUAGAUUGUGCAACUUGGAAGAGUUUGAACUUUGAGUAGUAUUAUAUGAAAAUAUGUUAGCUUUGUGCUCAUUAAUAACAUUUUUAUUGGUUCCAUGUGGCUCUGAUUAAUGUGUGUCUGGUCAUGAUAAAACAAUGAAUAAAAAGUAUUUUUUCUAAAGAUAGUCAGGUCCUUGCGUAGUUCUAAACAUCACGGGAAAAAGGAUGGUUUCGGUUUCACCUAGAAAAUCUUUCAAAAACAGUAGCCUACUCUCUUAUUCUUUACACAUAAACUUAGAAAAUUUAUAGUUCAAACAGGGCAGAGCUUUAAGUAGAACUGAUAAAAAGUAAAGAUGCAGAAAAUGUAUAUAAGAGGCUAUUGUAACUGCUGUAGAUGAAGAUUUCUAGAUUAAUGUAUGUUGUAAAUACACAAGUUUCUUAUACAUUUUGUCUAUUGUGUAAAUUCUUAAUGUAUCAUAUAGUGUCAAAAAGGCGACAGAAUAAUCAACAUGUAUAGAAAAAUGUGAUGGUAGACUUAGAAUGUAUUUGAAAAUGUGCUAAAAUUCGCUAUGUCAGUUUUGACAGGAAUGUCCUGCUGGAACCGAUUUUUUUCCUUAUGAUGUUGCUGUGUUUCAUUGUAGAAACAAAGAUUUAGUGUUUAACUUGUAGAUUGUCAGAGAUGGAGGCUACUGUUUGGUUCAUAAUGUGAGCAUUUUUAGAAACACACGUUUCUUUUGGACAAACUUUCCUGUGCAUUUUGUUUUAAAACUGACUUUUAGAAGUCAAAACAUCAAGAUGUUUUCUUUUCUGUUGUUCAGAGAAGAGCAUUCAAUUUUUCUUUUUCUCUGGUGUGUUUUUUAGCUGUUAGUUGGCAAACUUUUAGACUGGUGCACGCACUUUGUAAAACCCUUGGUUCACUGUUUGUUAGUGUUUACUCCAAUGUUCUUUUAUUGGUGAAUUUGUAGUACUCAUUAACACACUGACUAAUCACCUUACCUCUGACAGAUUCAUAGAAGUUGCUGAACAUUAGUUAGUACUGUUGGUUUUGAUGGUAUAACUCUCAGACUGUGGCGCAUAUGACAGGUACAAUUUGGAAGUGUUCGGGGAAAAAAUUAACAUUUACCUUCAGUAAAGUACAGUAAAGCAUGUGGGUAUAAUACUCAGGCAAUCAGUGUCAUUUCACAAAGUAAGUGUCAACUUUAAUUCAUUCACUCUCCAUUUUUCAUGUCCAUUUUUUUUUUUCAUUUUGGGAAAUUGGAGAACACCCCAGUGUUUAAUGUCAAUAUUUUACAUUGUAUAAAGUAUUUAUGUAGACCCGCCAUAUAAAGUUGGGAAGCGUUUUUAACUGGCAAAGUUCUCAUGCGCUUGCAUUAUAAUGGAUCGCUGCACAGAAAGAAGGUGACCGACUAAAAUUCCACAAGUGAAGUCAAACAUCCUGGCUGACAGAUCUUUACAGACGUGAGUCUGUGUGCAGGUUAAAUCAUUCAGCUCCAGCUGACUGCCGCUUAGAUGGGAUCUGGCCCAAACUUUGCAUGGGCCAAACCAGACUUUUUACAGUGUCUGCCAGGAGGUGGGCUUGCCAAAUAUAACAGUUGUUUGGUUGGUCGUCACAGACUUGUCAGUGCAACGUUAACACUGUGUCAGUGGCCAUAUGCAAUAAAGCGCCAUUUCUAUUGAUGGGGGAAAAAAACAAAUGUUUCGUGGAUUAUGUGUGUGCGUGUGCAUAUUAAAACUGUUAGUGUACAUAAUAGAAACAGAAAUAUAGAAGAGAAAACAAAAGUCUUAUAUAGCAUUUUCGAAGUGAGGACACUCUGGCAUUUGUCACUGUGUACUUUUUUUAACUUUGGGAAUAAAAACGGUUUGUCUGAUUCACAA